AUGACUAUGAACAAAAGGGCAGACUCUUUCUCUAAUCAAGCUAAUGGAGUGGGAAGACGCUGGUGGCUGAACGAGAUGGGCAGUGACAGGAGGCCUGGCUUGGUGCUGUGCUGGUUUCUGCUCUGGAUCACUCUGCAACAAAACUCAGUGCACCGGGUGUCAGCCGUCAACCUGCGGCGCUUCAUCGGCUGCGCAGUCCGGGAGUUCACUUUCCUGGCCAAGAAGCCUGGCUGCGGGGGCCUGCACAUCACCACAGACGCCUGCUGGGGGCGCUGUGAGACCUGGGAGAAACCUAUCCUUGACCCGCCCUACGUUGAGUCGCACCAGCGGGUUUGUACGUACAACGAGACCCGUCUGGUCACCGUGAAACUGCCAAACUGCCAACGGAACGUCGACCCGACGUACACCUACCCGGUCGCCCUGAGAUGUGACUGUGGUGUUUGUCUGACCAGCACAACUGAAUGUAUAACAGCUGUGUAACACAACCCUGGGCAGGCACAAGAUUUUAUUUUUCAUGUUUUCGCAUUUGCUUUAAGUUGCUGCUGGAUUUCACGUUUGUUUGUUUGAUUAGUUAAAGGGUUGGGUUUUUGAAUUGGGGUUGGGGUUAGCCUAUACUUGUCAAUGGGAAGUAUGCAGGCAUAAAAACAUGUUAUGUGGUGUGCAGAAGUAGAG